CUCCUAAAAUCUCAUCAUCAUGGGAGCUGUGGCGAUUGAUGACAGUCCAUCUGGAGUUAAAGCCCCAGAUGGUGGCUGGGGCUGGGCUGUACUCUUUGGGUGCUUUGUCAUCACUGGAUUCUCCUAUGCCUUUCCGAAGGCCAUGAGUGUUUUCUUCAAGGAACUUAUCCGGGAGUUUCAUGUUGGAUAUAGUGACAUAGCAUGGAUUUCCUCUAUUUUGUUGGCUAUGCUUUAUGGAACAGGUCCCCUAUGCAGUGUGUGUGUCAAUCGGUUUGGCUGCCGUCCUGUAAUGUUGGCUGGAGGCUUCUUUGCCUCAGCUGGGAUGAUCAUUGCUUCCUUCUCCACUAGUAUCAUUCACGUCUAUCUUUCUGUUGGUGUCAUUACUGGAUUGGGCCUGGCCCUUAAUUUCCAGCCAUCCCUUAUCAUGCUGAAUCGCUACUUUAGCAAAAGACGGCCUUUGGCCAAUGGGUUGGCUGCAGCUGGAAGCCCUGUGUUCCUCUGUGCUCUUUCCCCCCUGGGGCAGAUACUGCAGAUUAAAUAUGGAUGGCGAGGGGGAUUUCUCAUCUUGGGGGGGGUGCUUUUGAACUGCUGUGUCUGUGGAGCUCUGAUGAGACCUUUGAAAGGUCCCAAAAAACAAGAAGCUUUGAAACCAACCGAGGAACGCAAGAAAAAGCUAUUGGAUUUCACCGUUUUCAAAGAUUCUGGCUUUGUAAUCUAUACAGUGGCUGCGUCCAUUAUGGUGCUAGGCCUAUUUGUGCCUCCAGUUUUUGUAGUGAGCUACGCUAAGGAUCUGAAGUAUGAGGACACCAAAUCCGCUUUCCUUCUGACAAUUCUUGGCUGCGUGGAUAUUUUUGCUCGACCUCUUUGUGGAAUACUGGCUGGCUUGGACUGGGUUAGGCCCCGCUGUGUCUAUUUCUUCAGUUUUGCUAUGUUGUUUAAUGGUUUCACUGAUCUCAUGGGCUCCUUUUCUUCCGAUUAUGGUGGCCUGGUGGUGUUCUGCAUCUUCUUUGGCAUUUCCUAUGGAAUGGUUGGUGCUCUUCAGUUUGAAGUUCUCAUGACUAUUGUUGGUACACAGAAGUUUUCAAGUGCCAUUGGCUUAGUUCUUUUGGCUGAGGCAGUGGCUGUUCUAAUUGGACCACCUUCAGCAGGCAAACUCCUCGAUGCAACUCAUCAGUAUAAGUAUGUUUUUAUUUUGGCUGGUAUUGAAGUCGUUAUCUCCUCUGUGGUGCUGGCUUUAGGAAAUAUCUUCUGUAUCAAAAAACCUGCGGAAACAGACCAAAAUAAUCCUGAAAGGGAAGGGUUAAAUCAACUACCUGGACAAUCCAAAGUGGACUCUAUUGAAGUGGAAUGUUUUCUGAAAGAUGAAAAAAAUGGGAAAGUUGUAACCAAUCCAGAAACAUGUGUGUGAAUGUUACCAGAAAUGAAUGCCAAACAUUUAGAGAAAGAUUCGGAAACUUUUAAUAUUUGUAUUUAUUUUGGUAAUAACCUUUGCUUAGGAUUGGGCCAUUAUGUUUGGGAAGUAGAGAUCAACAAGCUCAUGCAAUCACUUCUUGGAAGCUGAUUUGUUAGGAAGCUUUUCUCCCUGUUUUAAAAGAAGGGUUGAUCUUCAAGUUAAUUUGCUUGGGCAUAACUACUGCUGUAAACUAACCCAUGGCCUUCUAAACACACAUAGAGAGCCUGCUUUGCCCUACCAGAAAAUGUUCUCUGGGAUGGAAGUAUUUUAUCUAGAAGAAUGAAUGUGUAAGUGUUCCUGUAAUGUUCCUGGCAUACUUGUCUUCGUAUCUGUAGAACCUCAAAGUAUCUUCCAUAAUUGUAUCUGAUUUAAAGGGAAUAAUUACCAAGAGAUCAACCCUAUUUUUAAUCUUAUAGGAUAUUGACUGUUUAAUAAUUUUGGUUUCACCAAUAUAUUUUUUAUGUAUUCAUAUGGUUUGAAUCAUCUUUUUUUACUUUAAAGAUUAUAUGCAGAAGAAAGUUA